AUGAAUAAUUCAAAUUCAGUGCAUGUGAAUGAUUCAAACGAACUGAGCAGGACCAAAGACGAGGAGACUUUUGCGCCCUUCAAUUCGAUAACUCCUCGCGAUCAUCUUGGAAUCGGCGAGUGUGUGGGUGAGGGUGGUUAUGGACAAGCAGAAUUUUUAUCAAGAAUUCGUCACCCCAACAUCAUCCAGUUUUAUGGCGUUUCAGAAGUCGAUCUUGGAUACCUUAUUGUGACAGAAUACGCCGAGGGCGGCUCCUUAUAUAUGGCCUUCCAUAAUGCGAAAGAUUCACGUUUCGAUUUCAAGCAAAUUAUCACAUGGGCUUGGCAGAUAGCAUCUGGAGUUGCGUAUCUGCGUCACGAUGCAUCUGUUAAAACAAUUCAUCGAGACCUAAAAUCACUCAAUUUCAUCUUGAGUGAUGAACUCGUCUGCAAAAUGUGCGAUUUUCGAGGGUCAAAGAAUCCGACUCAUUCGGUGAGAGCGACAUUUUCCGUGGAUGAGGUGAAUUCUAUCGGUCGAUUAGCCGUAAACUCCGGCCAUAUUUGCAUCAAAUUGAUUGCUUAUUCUAAACUUGAAAAUCAUUAUCGUACCAGUUCCUGA